ACAAGAGCCGCACCCCCUUUGCCGCUAAACACUAAACACAAUAACAAAAUCACCUAAAAGCUGAAACUGAAGCAGAUCUGAAUAAGUGGACCUUUUCAGUCUCAAUUCAACUGUGUUCACGCGGUUCUCGUUAGUCUUCUAGUCUAAUUGAUGCACUAUUAGAUGGAUAGCGGCGCAGAACCUGAAAGGAAGAAGGUUAAAUUGAUGGAAAAGGAUGCGCCUGCUAAUGGAUACCAUGAGGGGACUACCGACGAGGAUGACGAGAUGCAUAUCGACGAGCCGUCUUCUCCAGACCGGGCGGACCAUGAGAACCCUGUCGCCGGUAGCUCAGAUCAAUGGGAGGGUGGCAACUUUCACGCCUUGUCCCCAGAAGGGUCCAGUGUAGCCUCCAGGGAGGAACAUGACGAGGACGUAAUGGAAGACACGCCGCAGACGCAGAGCAAACCCGUAAACGUUUGCCCUGGUCGCUCGACUUUGGAAGACCUGAAGUGGAAAACAUCUACAACCUCUUUGCCACCUGUGGAGCCCUCCCCUGACCAUUUCGUCUUUUACAAAUUACCAUGGGAAAACAAAGCUCCGGAGCCUCGCAGCGCGCCUUUUGAUUUACACCAGUCAAGCAUCAAACUUCCAUGUUGUAAUAGUUCGGUUUGGCAAAGAGUGGAAGAGGCGCUGAGGAGCCGCAUUAACAAUGGCCGGCAGUUAAUUGAGAUCAUCCAAAAGUGCAGCGGCCGCAAUCUGGACUGCAACCUAUUGCUGGAGCUUUUGCACGGCAGAAGGGAAGCGAGCUUCAUCGAAGAAGAAACAGAGAACUUGUUCGCAGUUGUGAUUCCCAAGAUCCAGCAGCUGGCUCUGAAGUUACCUGAACUUGUGAAACAGCCAAUUCCUAUCCUCAAUCCAGGACAAUCCAUCAGCCUGAGCCAGCUGCAGGUGGCUUCCCUGCUGGCCAAUGCAUUCUUCUGCACCUUUGCCAGCCGCAAGAGGAACGUCAACCACAUGCCAGACAUUAAUUUUCAAGGGCUGUACUACCUGCCUAGAGGUGACCAGAGUCACGUUGAGAGCAACAUGGAGAAGCUCAAGUGUCUAUUUUCUUACUUCCGCAAAGUUGAUUUAGAAUCAGGGGAGCCUAGUGGCGUGGUUACGUUCCACCGGAGAGAGGUGCAGAACAGUCCACAAUGGAAUGAAUCAACCAAGCCUAUUAAAAGACUGCACAUCAGCCGCAAAGGCACCAUUGAAGACGAUGGCACUUACAUGCUGCAAAUGGACUUUGCUAACAAAUAUCUUGGAGGGGGCGUGCUAGGCCAGGGGUGUGUGCAGGAAGAAAUUCGGUUCGCCAUCUGUCCUGAACUGAUCGCUGGCUGCCUCUUCAACAAGGUCAUGCUUGAAAAGGAAGCCAUUAUCAUUUGUGGAGCACAACAGUUCUGCAAGUACGAUGGCUAUGGGUCCAGCUUCCAGUGGGAGAGCAACUUCAAUGAUGUCACUCCGAGAGACGCAAGUGGUCGGUUGUGUGUGUCGGUGGUGGCCUUGGAUGCCAUACCAUUCUAUGGUCGCAAAAGUCGCCAGUACGAAGUUAGCAACAUGGACCGCGAGCUUAACAAAGCUUAUGCAGGAUUCAUGGUUGAUGAGGGCGCCGAAUCGAUACCAGUGGCCACAGGCAAUUGGGGCUGUGGGGUCUUUGGGGGUGACCCAAAGCUGAAGUCGGUGCUGCAGCUGCUGGCAGCUUCUGAAUGCGGCCGCGACUUAGUCUAUUUUACCUUUAGAGACAAAAGCCUGAUUGAGCCUUUGUACGAACUGCACUCUCUCCUUUUGCAGACGGAGGCCACAGUAGGAGAAGUCUACAGAAAUUUGAUGGAGUACAAACCCUCAAAUGAGAACGUGCUUAGUUACCUGAAAAGGAAAAUUCAAAAGAAUGUCCCAAUAACCAAGUACAUAAAGAGCUGUGCAAGACUUGAUGAGUCAGCAGACAAGAAUAUGAAGAGCGAAGCUCAGUGCGAAGAGCGUGUCAGUGAACAAGCUGACGCACAGUUGAAACAUAAAGAUGAACCAGCAUGUGCUGCCAAAGAUGCUAUCAAAGAGCUUCAGGGCACAACCCUUGCAGGGGAAUCAACAUCUGCUGAAGCAAAAACAAAAGAGGAUGAUAGUAACACAGCAGUGUCGAAAGUGAAAUAUCAAACUACUUUGGACAAGUUUUUUAAGAAAUCGCAAUAACUGUUUUGUGCCAGAUUGUUUUUUAAAUUUAUUGUCCAUUCCUUUUUGAAAUCGGGGAAUAAAGUUAUUAUCAAUAAUA